CUGAACAAGUAAGUAACAAAUUUGCUUCUUUUCUUCUUGACCAACUGAGAAAAAAAGCAUUACAAUAAAUCGAGCUAGUAAUGGUGGUUAAAUCUAACGAUCUCUUAGCUCAUAUCACAUUAAACCGUGGUGCAAAUGAUUAUGUUUGUUAUACUUUGUUCUCAAAUUGUUAAUGUUAACAACAUCAGCAUUGCGUGUAUUAGCGUUACCUGUAGAUUUCAAUCUAAUCUCUAAUUGUCCAUUUGUCACACCAUAGAAUCCGCCAUCAAAAUGAUAAGUUUAAUUAUUUCAGCUGCUGUUAGAAAAGGCUAUGAUCCGCCACCUGCAGCAUCCUCGCCUGCCAUAUAGCCUACUAGCUGGGCAUCAUUCUUUAUGUAAACAGACGUGACGUGACGUGAUGCAAAGACGAACGGCGGCAUGCUCAAAUUUCCCGCAGAAACCUACCAGUACCACAAAUUAGCUUUAACAAAUGAACAAAACAUUAUUACAAGCUUACCGUUGUGAAUCGGACUAAUGCCUGGCUCACACUACAGGAGUUUUAAAAUCCUAUCCGAUUGUAAAAUCUGGUUGCAGCACACACUUCAGGAGAAUCUUUGCAGAUUUUCUUCCCUCAAAUCUUAAACAUGCUCACACUACAAGAUUUGAAAUUCGCGGAGCAUCACACACUACAAAAUGUUAUUAAGAUUAUCUGCCAGAGGAAGUGCGUCACGUGAUCUACGCAGCAGAUUGAAAGCGGAUGUAAACAAAAUGGAUACUGAAACUGUAUUAUUGCUGUAGCAAUAAUAAUCGUUUGUUGUGAGAAAACACAAAAGCGGAAGAAUAAACGAGUGUGGAUGAAAAAAUGGUUGAGGAGACGGGCUCAACGUGGAUUGUCAGUUCUUCAGCGAGAAAUGGAGGUAAAAUUGACCUUUUAUUAAGACUGCAGCUUUAGGGGCCGUUCACAUAUUGCGUCUUUUGCGCGCUCAAAUUCGUUAUUUCAAAUGUAGCCACGCUAAUAAUGGAAGCGACACAGUCACGACACGCAUGCUAAUGCAGCUAGCAUGUUUUCCAGGCGCAUCGAGAUGAAAAAUUCUCAACUUUUCAGAAUGCCGCAAGCGCACCACAGGUCAUGUGACAAGAACCAACCGAUCAGCUCAUCUCCAUAAAUAUAUCUAGUAGUAAAAGCUAAUGUAAGGGCUAGAAAUCAAUUAAUCCUUUGCUGAAACUUACUCAUCCUCGUGGAGAGCACACUUCAUGGUUGCAAUGACAAACGCCACAGGAGCGCAAGCGCUUUGGAAAGAAGGAGAAAGCGGCACGGCCGCACUUUCCACGAGUUUUGAGACGCAAUAUGUGAACGGCCCCUUAAACUGUGAUACUGUACAAAUAUAUGGCUCAGUUGCCAUGAGUGAUGCGUUUUUAAUCUUUCAUAUACCACAUAGUUUUUUUUUAAAGACCCAGUUUUUAUGUGAAAAAAUAAUAUUUUAAAUAUUAUAAUAAUAAAUUAAUAAAUAAAUUAUUUUUCCACUCAUAGAUUUGUUUUGCUAUAGUCUAUUUAUUAUUAAAUCUAUUUAUUAAUUAAAAUACAUUUACUUAAAACUUAUUUAAAAUAUUUUUUUCUUCACUGUUUUUCCUCUACAUUUUUCCACAGACACCUUAGCACUCACUUGUGGCCCCCUGGCCCCCCAGUUUGAAAACCCUGCUCCUGAACAAUAAAUGAAUGAAUGAACAACAUUAAAAAAUUAAACACAGAAAAGAAAAUUAAGGGCAACAAUUAAAUGCAAGUCAAAUUAUGUACUUUCAUUAAAGUCAUUAACUCAUUUUCACUGUCUAAUAUUGUUUUGGACUAGCUAAAUAUUGUUUUGGGCUAAAUCCUAAAUCUGCAUGCAUUCAUUUAUUUGGUGAGGUCAGUGACAAAUCAACCACAUUAACCAUCAAAGCUGCAUUACCUGUUUCAUAAUAUUAAUUAAGCUGUUAAACAAGCAUUGCCUUUGUCUGUGAUAUUAUAGUACGUGACCACUGUGCAUGUUUAAUGAUGCUGUUGCCAGCACAGUCUUAAAGUAGGGCAUUCUGCUAAAUUGUGGGUGUGUAGCACAUAACAUUGCCUCAAAGCCCCUUUCAUGUUUGCUUGGCACAAGUGGCAUGACAGAUGAUCCAUCAUCCUCACACUAUGCAAGGCCAGACUGCAAGUCCGCAAUCCCUAGAUGCCACCCUUUGCCAUUACAAUAAAUGUUGUGAAAUAUUUACACGUGUACAUGACCAAGUGAAGGACAAUACCGAACAGUGCCACAUCGCAGCAGCAGUUUACAGGCUGCAAGGGUUUACAUGUUCAGUUUUGUUCAGCCUCAUUUGUGAUGUAGGCAUGUAUUGUAUUUCUGCAGCAAAGAAAAGACUGUUUAUAUAAAUUGGGAAAGCAGUAGAUGCCAAAUAACAAUUAACUCGAAAGCAUGAACAAGAAGAAAAAACAUAAUUUCUGAGAACAUCCUAACAAAAUCAUUUGUGUAAUUUUGUCUCUUGACCAAAUCCCACUUCAACUUAGUUUUAUUAUUAUUUUUUUUUCUUAAAUAAGACAAAUACAUUUCCAGAACAACAUAAUGUAAACAGAGGCAUUAUUAAAUCUACUUGUUAAAGCAGAGUGUCUCCGAGUAUGUGUGAACUGAUGAACAAAGUGCCUACGUGUGGAACUGCACACAGCUUGUUCGCGAGCUGUAGGCGGAUUGAUGCAUAGUCACGUGCCAUUGACUACCCAUUCUUGAUUCUGAUUGGUCAGCAUCAAAGAACCAUGUGGUCUAAAUAGCGUUUAUACUUCUGCUUUUUACUGUAUAUGCAUGUGUGCUUGUUUGAUUGCGGAACACUGAUAACCAGCAGCGGAAUAGCUGUGUUACGCCCAGAGAAACUUUUAGACGGCAUUAUUCUUUGUUGAAUUAUCCCCACAUCAGCUAUGUUUUUGCUUGAGACAGAGUCGCUGGACUGCACGAGUAAUCUUUUUGAAAGCGGAUAUGCUGUGAAUGGAGAGUUGAGUGGUCCCGGACACGGACAGUCUCCUGCGCAUCUUGCGGCAUGCGGAGGUCAGGCUUUCUGCUUGCUUUGGCUGCUGCAAACAGGUGCUGAUGCAAACCAGCAGGACGCAAGUGGAGAGACGCCUAUUCAUAAAGCAGCCAGAGCGGGCAGUUUGGAGUGCAUCAGUGUGCUGAUGGCAAGUUAUGCACAUUUCGACAUUUGCAACAAUGCUGGACAGACAGCUGAAGAUAUUGCAUGGUCUUGUGGGUUUGAGGAAUGUGGGAGGUUUUUAAACAUGCAUCGGAGAACACGGGACUUAAAGAACGCUUCAUCAUCCCCUCUCGCUGAGCGGCAUGUGCAGAGCAGCACUCUCGCAGGACAGAAGAGAGGCCGCGCAACCUCCAGUGCUCAAGACGGGAAGAAAGCACGGGACUGGUGAUCAAUGCUCUCAUAAAGAGAGAGAAUUUCAAGUAACAUAUAGGCUGUUUAACCAGUGAAGUGAAUGGUAAACAGUUAAUGCUUCAGUAUGAGUCUGAAUUACCUGUGGACAUUUGGUAUUGAGCCUACUGUAGCCUCAACAGUGAAGAGAAAUUGACCCUGUUCUGGGAUCAGUGAUUUGGGGUCUUGAGUUGAAGUGGAAUCACUGACACUGUAAAUCUGCUGAGUGGAGUGUGCUUCACACACAUAUACCUGCCAACACAGAGCAGAUGGCAAUCAAGGCAAAAGCAGAGAAUUUCCUGGUGGAGGUGGAGAUCGCAACUUCUGGGUUUCUCACUGGAAAACGUGCAACACUUAACUUUGAUCACAUACGUCUUCGUUGAAUCAAUUAAUGCUCGAUUCAAAGCGUUGAAUCAAUUAAUGCUCUCAGGACUUUAUGACAGUCAGUUGGGGACCAUGGAAAUGAGUGGAUAUAAAUUAGCAAAACAGAAGACAGCUGACUUGCUGCCAAGCUUGGCUAAUCAAGACAUUCUUUAUAAGGCUAGAUUAGUCAUUUUUGGUUUACAUAAACAACUAAGGUAAAACAUGACUUAAAUGCUGUGGCAAAUAUUAAGAGAAUACAGUAUGUGACAUGUUUUGACAAAAGCAUUUUUUUUUUUAGCUGUUUUAGGAAUGAUCUUAAAGAGAUUUUAGCUGCUGUUCCUUUUAUUGAAUUGCAGGAAGCCUUAUCUUGUGAAGAUGGUUCAAAGAUAUCUUGUGAAUUUGAUGUAUGAUGAACUCGUAAACUUGGGUAGUCUCAAGGAUAUUAUGUCAUUUCAUGUUUUUUGUUGUUGUUUUUUUACAGUCGCUAGGACAUUUCUCAACUCUUCACACAGUGAGCACAACAGCAGUCUAUGUGGGCUAAACUGGAUCAUUUUCUUUUGCUUCGGCACACAAAAAAACUCUAUACCUAGAGGACAAUUUGCACGUUUAAAUACUUUUUUCAGAUCUUAUAAUCAAAACAUAAUGCUAAACUGUAUAAAACAUCAAUUUGCUAAAUUUUUCUACAGUAAUACCAUAUUGAAAUACAUUGAAUAUUGAAUUACAAGUGCAAAAAAAGAGAAACAUUACAAAACAAUUAGAUGUAGCUGAAAAUCUACAGAGGUGUUAGUCUGUACACUGCAGUGAAUUCUAAACAGUAGAGAGAUGCAAUUCUUGUUCUGUAAAGAAAUGUUAUAAAAGAAAACCAUAAUGCUAUAUAGUGUACUUUUAAACCAUAAUGUUUUAUGAGUGACAAAGUGUGUUUGUUGGGUGACAACCUUUGCUAUUGCUGAUUUGAGACAUAUAUGAAGUGUUUUGGUAGUUUUAGUGUGUUUUUUUUAUAUGUGAAAUUAACUGCUGUGCCAAACUGGAAGUUGGUUAAGAGAACUGUGUUAAGAGUUUUGAAAAAGAGACCUACUGUAAGUACUGAGAAAUGUAACCUAGUGGUUGUAAAAAAAAUAAAAUAACUAAAAAUAC